AUGAAUAAAUGGACAAACGAAGACCUUCGAGUUGCGAUCGUAUUCAAGAUCAUUGGAAGAUGCAAGGAAAAGUACUACCAGAAGAUGCCAAAUGACAGGGCUUCUAGGAUGGAACUUUGGCAAAAAGUACGGCGUCUUCCUCACCCAGCAGAGCGGUACUUUGAUGGAUUCGGCGACAAUAGCGGAUUCAGUGACUCUGAAUCCGAUGUCAACUCGAGCGACUCUGAAUUCGAAGUUGUCCGUGGUUCCAGCGUUGAUGGUGGAUUCAGUGACUCUGAAGACGAUGUCGACCGUGGUUCCAGCGAUGAUGAUGUAGUUAGCGACUCUGAAUCUGAAGAUGGUAGUUUUGAUGCUAUGUGCCGCGUUGUUGUGCUAGUGUGA